GAUCAAAGUCGGUGUCUCAGUCAUCUGGCUUACUUUAUUUUAUUAUUUUAUAUUGUCUUAGUGUUUAGUGUGUGCUGUAUCUGCUCAUGUUUUCAACCCAGUUCUUCUUGGAUCUUCUGAGCUGCUGGAAUGUGUGAAUUUCCUGCUCAAGGAUCCACAAAGACACAAGCUGCUGAUCCUGCUGUUGGUCAGUUGGUGGCGCUGAUGCAGCAAAGAAGGUUUAUUUGUUAUGAAGCAGCAGGAAAAUACACAGAAGAAGAGGAGGAGGUCCGCCUCUGUCUUCUAUCACGUCCUCAGUGGAGACUCAAAGCUCCGUCACUCCAGCAGCGGCAUCAUUGAGCUUUUAGCUGCAGAAGAGCGAAGAUGUCUGGACGAGGCAAAGGAGGAAAAGGACUCGGUAAAGGAGGAGCUAAGCGUCACCGUAAAGUUCUCCGGGAUAACAUCCAGGGAAUCACCAAGCCCGCUAUCCGCCGUCUGGCUCGCCGCGGUGGAGUCAAGCGUAUCUCGGGUCUGAUCUACGAGGAGACCCGCGGUGUGUUGAAGGUUUUCCUGGAGAACGUCAUCCGUGAUGCUGUCACCUACACCGAGCACGCCAAGAGGAAGACGGUGACCGCCAUGGAUGUGGUGUACGCUCUGAAGAGGCAGGGCCGCACUCUGUACGGCUUCGGAGGUUAAAGUCAGCGUUCAUCGGCACAACAAAGGUCCUUUUAAGGACCACACACCUCCUCUACAGAGCAGCGUUCUACAGUGGUUCUCAAUGUUGGCUUGAAUACACUACUUCAAAAGGUAUAAGCCUUUAUAAUUAAUGUUAUAUGUCCACGUACCUAAAUGUAUAGAUUUAUAUUUGUAGAAGGUUGUUUGGGAACUUAUGCAUUGAAUAAACUUUUGUGAUUUUUUUUUAUACAAAUUUCAAUGAAGUACAGAUGAAUACAAAGAUUUGGGGAAAAUAAAACCACAUUAUAUGCUGAAGGAAUAUAUAAGCUUACAGUACUGGCCAUGUAAGUAUACUCGUGUAUAUAUACAUAUACAAGUAGAAACUACAAAAGCAAAUCCUCAAAUUUGAAAGCUUCUGUUAAACUGUCAGGUGAGUCACUUUGAAAACUGUAAAGCAUAAAAAUACAUGUUAAUAACAUGUUUCUGUUAUGUACAAUCGCAUUUACUACAAUUUCAAUUUCAUGUUUCAUAAAGUAACAGGGAAUUCUCAUCUCUUUUCUCAUCAGUGAACACUUUACUCUCACU